GAGAUCACUACAUGUGUGUCUCUCACCAUGAAGAGGAACUCCCGUUCUCUCUACCUGGGCCGGAUGUUCAGUGGUGUCCCCGUGGUCAGGCUACGCUUCCGCAGGAGGGUCCAGACUGGGUAGGCCUUACCUCUAACCUUUGACCUUACCAGUCUCCUGUGGUUUCAACCUCUUUUCCAAGAGAGACCUGGAAAGAUGCCAGCAAGGCAAAAGCAUUUUAAACGUUCAUAGUUACAACCAUAGUCUUCUACCAUUGUAGGAUCAUAUUACAUCCUGUCCUUAUCUCUCUCCCUCCUCUAGGUUCUCAGCUGAGUUUGACCUCCGUACCUUUGACCCGGAGGGGGUCAUCUUCUUCGCUGGUGGUCACCUGAACAGUUCCUGGAUCGUUCUGGCAAUGCAUCAUGGGAAGCUGGAGCUGCAGCUGAAGUACGGGGCGGUCAGCCGGGUCACCAGCAGCGGGCCAGUCGCCAACGACGGACAGUGGAGAAAGGUCAGAGGUUAUUCUGGGGUUACAAGGGGUCACUUUAUAGGCUGGGUCUCAAUAGUCUAAAGUGACUUCCCUUCCUUAUCUCCUCUCCUGAGGGGUCGUUGACUCGGGGGUACAUCCCAAAUGGCCCCCUAUUCCCUAUGUAGUGCACUACUUUUGGGAGAGGUGUUACUGGUGACCUGGUCAACAUUUGUGCACUGUAUAGGGUGCCAUUUGGGACACUGUAGGAGAAGAACAAUUGAGCCCCCUGUCUUUCCUGAUUGGUCCACAGAUCUCAGUGGAGGAGCAGGGGCGGAGUCUGGUGAUAAAGAUUGACAGGGAGGCAGUGAUGAAGAUUGCUGUGAACGGAGAUCUGUUCACCCUGCAGAAAGGCAUGCAUGAACUCAACCUGACUGUAGGGGGCGUCCCUUUCAGAGAGGACAGUCUCAUCAACCAGGUUAGCGGGGGGUCUGUGUGUGUCUGUGUUCUCGCUAUAAUCUCUUAUGGGGAGAUGUGUGUGUGUGUGUGUCUUCUCUGCCUAAUAUGUGUGUGUGUUCUGUCUAAUGUGUGUGUGUGUUGUGUUCUGUCUAGUGUGUGUGUGUGUUGUGUUCUCUGCCUAGUGUGUGUGUGUGUUCUGUCUAAUGUGUGUGUGUGUGUUGUGUUCUGUCUAGUGUGUGUGUGUGUUGUUCUCUGCCUAAUGUAUGUAUGUAUGUGUGUGUGUGUGUGUGUGUGUUGUGUCCUGUCUAAUGUGUAUGUGUGUGUGUGUGUGUGUGUGUGUUGUGUUCUGUCUAGUGUGUGUGUGUGUGUUGUGUUCUGUCUAGUGUGUGUGUGUGUUGUUCUCUGCCUAAUGUAUGUGUGUGUGUGUGUGUGUUGUGUUCUGUCUAGUGUGUGUGUGUGUGUGUGUUGUGUUCUCUGUCUGUGUGUGUGUUGUGUUGUGUUCUCUGUCUAAUGUGUGUUGUGUUAUCUGUCUAAUGUGUGUGUUCUCCAGGUGAACCCGAGGUUUGAUGGAUGUAUGCGUGAGUGGCGCUGGUUAACAGGAGAGGAUACGUCCAUUCAGGAGACCAUCAGGUCUAAUGACAACAUGCAGUGUUUCAGUACGGAAAACCCCGGAACCUAUUACCCCGGGACAGGCUUCGCUCUGUUCAACAUCACAUACGGUAUGUGUGUGUGUGCAUGUCUCUAUGCAUAUCAUCUUCUGAUUUGUAUGUAUAGUUUACACAUUUACCUGGUGUGUGUGUGUGUGUGUGUGUAACCACAUCUCUCUCAUCCAGCAGAGCCCCAGUCUCUGAGGAUCCAGCUGACUCUGAGACCAGCCUCCACUGUUGGGGUUCUAUUGGCACUCGUUUAUCAGGACAGCGUCCCUCUCUCCAUCUCUCUCUCCGACUACCACCGAGACAACCAGGAGUGGCGGGAGGUGAGAUGUUACUUUGUCCCGAUGUUGUGUUGGUCUGUCUUUCUGUCUGUCUGACUCUGUCUGUCUGAAUUCAUGAGUGUGAUGUCUAUGGGUGUCUGUUUGACUGUCUCGCUCUCUCUCCCCAGUAUGUCCUGGUCUCUGUGGGUGAUGUGAUCGUGGCCAGCGCGCCGGCUUUCCUGUGUGAUGCAGAGGUUCAUGAGGUCAAUGUGACGGUCAGCGGGAACCUGACCAUACUAGAGGUGGACGGUCAGCCUGGACAGAGUCACACCACACUUGGACAGGAGACCGUUGACCUCAGCCUGCCUUCCAGCACCUUUAUAGGAGGGCUCCCUGGUGAGUUAGACAGGUAUAGGAGGGCUCCCUGGUGAGGUAGACAGGUAUAGGAGGGCUCCCUGGUGAGGUAGACAGGUAUAGGAGGGCUCCCUGGUGAGGUAGACAGGUAUAGGAGGGCUCCCUGGUGAGCUAGACAGGUAUAGGAGGGCUCCUUGGUGAGGUAGACAGGUAUAGGAGGGCUCCUUGGUGAGCUAGACAGGUAUAGGAGGGCUCCUUGGUGAGGUAGACAGGUAUAGGAGGGCUCCCUGGUGAGCUAGACAGGUAUAGGAGGGCUCCCUGGUGAGCUAGACGGGUAUAGGAGGGCUCCCUGGUGAGGUAGACGGGUAUAGGAGGGCUCCCUGGUGAGGUAGACGGGUAUAGGAGGGCUCCCUGGUGAGGUAGAUGGGUAUAGGAGGGCUCCCUGGUGAGGUAGACGGGUAUAGGAGGGCUCCCUGGUGAGUUAGACAGGUAUAGGAGGGCUCCCUGGUGAGGUAGACAGGUAUAGGAGGGCUCCCUGGUGAGGUAGACAGGUAUAGGAGGGCUCCCUGGUGAGGUAGACAGGUAUAGGAGGGCUCCUUGGUGAGCUAGACAGGUAUAGGAGGGCUCCUUGGUGAGCUAGACAGGUAUAGGAGGGCUCCUUGGUGAGCUAGACGGGUAUAGGAGGGCUCCCUGGUGAGCUAGACGGGUAUAGGAGGGCUCCCUGGUGAGGUAGACGGGUAUAGGAGGGCUCCCUGGUGAGGUAGACGGGUAUAGGAGGGCUCCCUGGUGAGGUAGAUGGUAUAGGAGGGCUCCCUGGUGAGGUAGACGGGUAUAGGAGGGCUCCCUGGUGAGGUAGUAGACGGGUAUAGGAGGGCUCCCUGGUGAGGUAGACGGGUAUAGGAGGGCUCCUGGUGAGCUAGAUAGACUGGUAAUAGGAGGGCUCCCUGGUGAAGCUUAGACGGGUAUAGGAGGGCUCCCUGGUGAGCUAGACAGGUAUAGGAGGGCUCCCUGGUGAGUUAGACAGGUAUAGGAGGGCUCCCUGGUGAGUUAGACAGGUAUAGGAGGGCUCCCUGGUGAGCUAGACAGGUAUAGGAGGGCUCCUUGGUGCGCUAGACAGGUAUAGGAGGGCUCCCUGGUGAGGUAGACGGGUAUAGGAGGGCUCCCUGGUGAGCUAGACGGGUAUAGGAGGGCUCCCUGGUGAUCUAGACGGGUAUAGGAGGGCUCCCUGGUGAUCUAGACGGGUAUAGGAGGGCUCCCUGGUGAGGUAGACGGGUAUAGGAGGGCUCCCUGGUGAGUAGACGGGUAUAGGAGGGCUCCCUGGUGAGGUAGAUGGGUAUAGGAGGGCUCCCUGGUGAGGUAGACGGGUAUAGGAGGGCUCCCUGGUGAGUUAGACAGGUAUAGGAGGGCUCCCUGGUGAGCUAGACAGGUAUAGGAGGGCUCCCUGGUGAGGUAGACAGGUAUAGGAGGGCUCCCUGGUGAGCUAGACAGGUAUAGGAGGGCUCCCUGGUGAGCUAGACAGGUAUAGGAGGGCUCCUUGGUGAGUUAGACAGGUAUAGGAGGGCUCCCUGGUGAGCUAGACAGGUAUAGGAGGGCUCCCUGGUGAGCUAGACAGGUAUAGGAGGGCUCCCUGGUGAGCUAGACAGGUAUAGGAGGGCUCCUUGGUGAGCUAGACAGGUAUAGGAGGGCUCCUGGUGAGCUAGACAGGUAUAGGAGGGCUCCCUGGUGAGCUAGACAGGUAUAGGAGGGCUCCCUGGUGAGCUAGACAGGUAUAGGAGGGCUCCCUGGUGAGCUAGACAGGUAUAGGAGGGCUCCUUGGUGAGCUAGACAGGUAUAGGAGGGCUCCUUGGUGAGCUAGACAGGUAUAGGAGGGCUCCCUGGUGAGCUAGACAGGUAUAGGAGGGCUCCCUGGUGAGCUAGACGGGUAUAGGAGGGCUCCCUGGUGAGGUAGACGGGUAUAGGAGGGCUCCCUGGUGAGGUAGACGGGUAUAGGAGGGCUCCCUGGUGAGGUAGACGGGUAUAGGAGGGCUCCCUGGUGAGGUAGACGGGUAUAGGAGGGCUCCCUGGUGAGGUAGACGGGUAUAGGAGGGCUCCCUGGUGAGUUAGACAGGUAUAGGAGGGCUCCUUGGUGAGCUAGACAGGUAUAGGAGGGCUCCCUGGUGAGCUAGACAGGUAUAGGAGGGCUCCCUGGUGAGCUAGACGGGUAUAGGAGGGCUCCCUGGUGAGGUAGACGGGUAUAGGAGGGCUCCCUGGUGAGGUAGACGGGUAUAGGAGGGCUCCCUGGUGAGGUAGACGGGUAUAGGAGGGCUCCCUGGUGAGGUAGACGGGUAUAGGAGGGCUCCCUGGUGAGGUAGACGGGUAUAGGAGGGCUCCCUGGUGAGUUAGACAGGUAUAGGAGGGCUCCCUGGUGAGGUAGACAGGUAUAGGAGGGCUCCCUGGUGAGUUAGACAGGUAUAGGAGGGCUCCCUGGUGAGCUAGACAGGUAUAGGAGGGCUCCCUGGUGAGCUAGACAGGUAUAGGAGGGCUCCCUGGUGAGCUAGACAGGUAUAGGAGGGCUCCUUGGUGAGCUAGACAGGUAUAGGAGGGCUCCCUGGUGAGCUAGACAGGUAUAGGAGGGCUCCCUGGUGAGGUAGGCAGAGAGAGACACGCGACAACACACAUACUCAUUACUACUGUAAUAUACAAACAAAGAGAUGCACACUGACACACACAGACUGACACACCGUUUGGCCACUACCAUUCACCUAUCACCACCACUUCUCCUGGUGUCAUUCAUUUCAGUUCUGACCUCUAACCCCUGACCUGUGACUUCUAACCCCUCUACCAGACGUGCCCCUGGUGUCGACCCCGGUGUCGUCCUUCUACCGCGGCUGCAUGGAGGUGACGGUCAACGGUCUGGCUCUGGACCUGGACGAGGCCUUCCACAAACACAACGACAUCCGCUCCCAC